CAAGGACUCAUUGAGUCAAUGAAUUAUAAAUGAUGAGGUGAGGGGUAGUGGUGGAGGGGCUUGGAGGUUUGACGGAAUGCAGCCAUCUUGCACUCGAUUGGUGUCAUUUUCAUUUACAUCUUGAUCUUCAUCUGAUUCCCCCCUCUGGGUGUCGACUGCUCGAGCAGUCGGGUUAUUUCCGUCAGUCAGAUGGUCUCGUCCAUGUACCCGGAUGUUGCCCCCGCUUGCAGGCGGCUGAAAAGCGAAAACCCGCAGUAGUCAUUAUUACCUGGAAAGUCUGACUGAAUGGUCGGACGCUGACCCUCCGCGGCAGGAAUGAUGCCCGCCAACCUCUCGUGCUGCAGACGAGAAUGGCGGGGAUACUGACUAGUCGAGGGUUAUUACUUCAUCCCGAGAAGCUAAGAAACGCUCCCGUCCACUACAUUCGGCACUCGAUACUUUUCGUGUUCGAGUUAGACCGUGACUCGAUCAUGGGCAUUCCCCUUCGCCAGCUUAGAUUGGAGGCGAUUUUUUUUGGAACCAUGCACAUAGCCCGGUUUGGUUCGAGGAUCCCGGUGGGGUCACCGGGUGUCAGGACUCAGGACUCAGGGCUCCAGGAGUCAGAAGAGGCGGGCAAAGUCCUGUGUCGGUUUCAUCAUACUUUGCUCGGGCAGAGCAAAACGGCGCGACCAGGUGGGCAGCACCAUUUGUAUGUACCAGGCAGGAAGAUGGCCAAGGUGAGGCCGAAGGUCGCUCUAGCCGCCCAGCGAUCAUUACUCCUUUUCGUUCAACUUGAACCCCGGGGAGGGCUUUCUGUAGCGAGUGGUGGUCUGGUUUAUGUUUGUUCAAUUUCACGGAUGUUCCCUUUCAUGACGUGGGUGCUCCUGCAGGCCUACGGAGCAGGUUCUCUGGAGCAGGUCCAGUGGUUACCGCCGUACAAUGGACAUACGGAGGAGUGCCACCGUGGAUACCAGGUACUUAGCGAACACUCCGGACCUCGGCCAUCAUCCUGCGUGGGCUUAGCCCUGGGAGCAUUGACCGACCCUGAUGCCGGUGCGAGUUUAAGGAGAGAAUCCCUGCGUUGAUUGCGGAGAUCCACCGACAAUCAUGCUACAUAUGUACUCCGUAGGCACCCUCCGUACGGAGUACUACCUAGUUAUAUGGAUGUGAUGUUCUGGUUCACAAUAGCAGCAGAGGGGGGCUUGAGCUGGAGGUCUCCCCCACGUGCAAAAGCAUUUAUCCGGUGGUUGACAGUCGACCGCGAUCAGACAAAUCUGAGUCGGACGGAUUCUCACGAUGAUUAAUUCGGAGUAGGAA